UACAUUCUAUUCAUUCGCAAAUUGCAAUGUUGCACACACAACCAAACAGAUGAGAAAGAUUCGUUCUACAAAACGUAUUCACUGACAGAUUCGUUGAAGAUUUCAUUGUAGUUACUUAUAUAGUGCAUUUCGUUCAACAGUCUUUUUCUCUUGGUUGUACAUGUUUCGAACCAAUCAACGACAUAGCAACGACAAUCAUUUGACAGUUGAUAAGGAAAAAAAAACUGAAUUUAUUAUGAAAGUGCGGGUUCCACGAGAAUUUAAUAAUAAAACGACACUGAUUCUGGCUUUCGUUUAGCUGCCACAGCAUUUUUCGUUCGAUUUCGAUUCUAAAAAAAGAUCAAUCGAUUCGCGAGACCGGAAACUCAAGAUACUGUUUUCGUUUGAUGUUGAUCUAGUAAAUGUGUUAUUAAGAAUGUAAGUCAAACCAAUCCGAUAAUGUUGAACUAAUGGCAUAGCGACUGACAAAUCUCGCCCGAUUGCAAUGGUUUUGAGUACAGAAUGGUCACAAGUUGAAGUGAUUGAUCUGGUCAACGAUGGCAAUGGACUUGGUUUCAUGUUGGUAGGUGGCAAGAGUACUGGUGUUGUCAUCAAGGCAUUGAUACCCGGUGGUGUAGCCGAACGAGAUGGACGAUUGAAUUGUGGAGAUCAUGUCCUACAAAUCGGAGAUGUGAAUCUACGAGGAUUUUGUUCGGAACAGGUAGCUACCGUUCUCCGACAAAGCGGAACACAAGUUCGUAUCAUUGUUGCUAGACCUGUCGAACCGACUGCUCCAGAUUAUCAAACACUUGCUAGCCAUGCACCCAUCAUACCAACAAAACUAUUAACUGAUCCCGAAGAAUUGGAACGACAGCUAAUUCAAACAGCAGCAUUCACUGGUUCGUUUAUUGCUGCUACCAUAACCGACCAGUUAAUAUCGCCGCAUAGUGCUGAUGUUUCAAUCGUUGAUGGGAUAUUAUCCCAACGGAACAGUAUGGCAUUGGUGUCACCGUGUUCGUUAAAUAUUCCCUCGAUAGUAACAAAUUAUAUGGAUCUGCCGGAAACGGAAACAUAUGAAGUGGAACUGCGCAAAAAUGUUUACGGACUGGGCAUUACAGUGGCUGGUUAUGUGUGCGAAGAGGAAGAUCUCUCUGGCAUAUUUGUGAAGAGUAUCAUCGAAGGAAGUGCAGCGGAAACGAGUCAGAAAAUUCAAAUAAACGACCGAAUCGUUGCUGUAGAUGGUCGAUCACUUUCUGGCGUUACCAAUCAUCAAGCAGUUGAAAUUUUACGGAACACAGAUAUUCGGGUUAAAUUAACAUUGGAACGGUUCCUACGCGGAAGAAAGUACGAACAUCUACAAGUGGCCUUAACGGACGCGAAGGAAAGUCGACAUCAAUCUCUACCACCAAGUCCAUCUAUUGCAACAUUAACAUGGGUACCUGCAAAAUCAGACAUUGAAUCGUUGGUUACGGAAGACAGUGGAGAUUGUCAAAUUGACAUUGAACUUGAAUCCCAUACCACCAUCGAUUCAAAUAUAUUCGGCCACGAAAACGGUAACGGUGAUAGUGAGUUCAACAGUUCGAAGGAAACAACACCAACACCAACACCAAGCAUCGAUUCGAUGACAGCUGCAUGGGUGCAAGAAUAUCCAGCAAGUAAAAUCCUUGUAGCCGAAUUCAAUAAACUGGCAGGACUGGGAAUCAGUUUGGAGGGAACAGUGGACGUUGAAGAUGGCAUUGAAAAACGGCCGCAUCAUUUCAUUCGAUCGAUACUUGACGAUGGACCAGUUGGACUACUAGGUAGCCUCAAGCCAGGUGACGAAAUCCUACAAGUGAACGAACACAAACUGCAAGGUUUGAAGCAUACGGAUGUCGUUAAAAUUCUGAAGGAACUGCCGAAUGAAGUAAAAAUGAUAUGUGCUCGUGGGCCGAACGCACCGACUGUGAUAAAUACUUCACAAAAUGUGGAAGCUUUCGAAAGUAGAAGUAUAUUACCCGGUGGUCAUAUGUCCUUGCAAGGCCUGUUACUAACUAAAGCUCAAUCAGAAAGUUCAAUAUAUACAUCGAGUACAGCUACGAUAACCGAUCAACAACGAUCCAAAUCCGUUGAACAAGUGUCCGGAUUAGCAUUAUGGAGCAGUGAGGUGGUGUACAUUGAUAUUGAGAAAACGGAGCGCGGUUUCGGGUUUUCUAUACUCGACUAUCAAGAUCCAUUGGAUCCGGAAGGAACGGUUAUUGUUGUGCGUGGCUUAAUAUCUGGUGGUGCGGCUGAAACGACGUGUUUACUAUUUCCGGGUGACAGGCUGAUAUCGGUUGCUGAACACAAUCUACAGGGUCUGACGUUAGAUGAAUCGGUGGCAAUAUUGAAAGGUAUGCCACUUGGCAUGGUUCGCAUUGGUUUGUGCAGGCCACUAUCUUCAUCGGAUGAAAAUAACAUUGCAUCGCCAGAAACACCCACAUAACCAAGCGCAAUUGAAAUAUUUUUUGAAUUGGAUAUCUAAGAUAUAAUAUUUGGAUCGAAGAUUUACUCGCAACUGUAACAUAAUAACAAACUGAAUCGAAUUUGAAUUUGUGUCCGGUUUACCUGAAUUUAAUUAAGUGCGACAAUACGCCGCACAAAUGGUAGAGUUAUAUUCGAGAGGUGAAAGGCU